AUGGAGGAGGGUUGCGAAGGGUUACUGACGGGGCGAGAAGAGACAGUACUGUACGACCCGGGAGGUUGUUACCCGUCCCUGAACCUCAGCGGAUUGAAGCCACAGCAGAAACGGCGACCUUUAGGGAUCCUAAGUAAGGCCGCGCGAAUGCCGCCGUCUUCGGCGGCUGAGGAUGAUCCGUCUAGUAGUGCCGCGCCCCCGUGUCAUGUCUCAAGCCCGCCGCCACAGACAGCAGAUCUGGUAGUAGAUUACGAUUCGUCCGUUCGUGCCACGUCAUCGUUUCAUCAUAACGCCAGCGUACCCGCACAGGCAGGGGUGCGUUCCGCCUUUUCGUGCUUUGGUUUCAAUGGCGAUGGCGCAUCAUGCGCAUCGGCCGAGGAAAGCGAGAGGGAGAAUGGGGAGGAGGAAGAGAGAGAAGACGGGAGGAAAGUCGCGAGGGAGAGUGAGAUCGGCGACAGGAAUGAUCUUGAUUCAACGGAGGGGGCGGAGGGGACGGAGGGGGCGGAAGAGGCAGAGGAGGCGGAGGGGGCAGACGGGAAUGAGUCUGACGAUGGCGGGUAUGAGUUCCGCGGAUUGGAAAAUGAGACGGAGAUGGCGAUGCUGGCGGAAUCGACGGCGGAAGUGGGGUUGGGGGGAAAAGGGGUCGCGGAAAAGGGGGCCGCGAAAGGCGCGGAAGGGGCGGAAGGGGCGGAAGGGCACCAUCGGCGACAGUCGUGGCUGACGAGGGUGGAGUGGUUCGUGUCGUGGCCGCUCAGGCGACUCAGCCACCCGUGGCGCAAGGUACGCCGUGAAUACCGCAGUGCUGUGGUGAUUGGGACACUGCAGUGCGUGGUGUCCUGGUUCCGAGUGCUGUGGCUGUGGGUGGUGCUAGCAGCGGCCAUCCUGUCGCUGGUGUUUGCGAUGGCGUGGCAACAUGCGCAGGGGACUGAGAGGGACGACCUGGAGUCGCACUGUGACGAGUGGGGGGCGUUUAUAGAGGCCAAGUUCAACACCACUGCAGCCAACACGCGCUCCGUUUCUGACUUCAUCCGCGCAUAUUACCUCGAUAACAUGAGGGAGGACUUUCUGGACGUGGAGAAAUUCCAACGCUUCACUCAAGCCACUCUUGACGGCCGACCCAUGGUGUCAAUCGUGAGCUUCACGCUGCUGGCCAACAGCUCGUUCCCUUGGGUCAUUGUCGAUUUCAAUCCCAACCACUGCAUCUCCACUCCAGAGCCCACCGGCGUGCUCUCCUCUGCUGUUCCCCCCUUCGUUGGCUUCACACUCCUGGUGAACAACACGUUCAUUCGCGACUUAGUGGAGCAAAACUCCAACCACUGCAUCUUUGCACCCGAACCCAACGGCGCACUCGCCUGCCGCCCACGCGACCUGCCCCUGUACGCGCCCCUUGUCAUCUUCAACGCCCGCAAGGAGUUCUACCCGCGCGUGAACCUCUCUGCCGUCUGCUGCCAGGACAUCAUGGCUGAACCAGCAUUUAACGACACGUUCCGCCGGGCCAUUGACUCAGCCUCCUCCGCCAUGUCUCCUCCCUUCAUGCGCGACAACUACUCCUACCAUUUCAUCGGCCAGGCCUUCCCAGUCUACUUCAACCUCACCACCUUCGCCCUGCCCCCCUCAGCCUCCCUUCCCUCCAUCGCCAUCCCUCCACUUGCCACGCCUGAGGACCUCCCACAGGGGUUUGUCAUCGCGGGGUAUAACUUUGCAAACCUGCGAUCGCUGGUGGGGUUUCAGCAGCUGGUGGAGCUGAACGAGAGGGUUUAUCUGGUGGAUGGCACGAGGGGCGGGGCGUGGGAUGGUGCGAGAAAUGAGGAUGGGAAGGUUGAUAAGUGGUUGCCGGCGUUGUUGUUUGAUCAUGAGGGGGUGGUGGGCGAGGAGGAGAUUGGAGCGUGGAUGAUGGAUGGGAAGGGGCAAGAGGAUGGGGGGAGAGUGCAGCGUGAGUAUGGUCUCCUCUCCCCCAAGUAUGGUCUCCCCUCCCCCAAGUAUGGUCUCCUCUCCCCCAAGUAUGGUCUCCCCUCCCCCAAGUAUGGUCUCCCCUCCCCCAAGUAUGGUCUCCCCUCCCCCAAGUAUGGUCUCCCCUCCCCCAAGUAUGGUCUCCCCUCCCCCAAGUAUGGUCUCCUCUCCCCCAAGUAUGGUCUCCCCUCCCCCAAGUAUGGUCUCCUCUCCCCCAAGUAUGGUCUCCCCUCCCCCAAGUAUGGUCUCCCCUCCCCCAAGUAUGGUCUCCCCUCCCCCAAGUAUGUUCUCCCCUCCCCCAAGUAUGGUCUCCCCUCCCCCAAGUAUGGUCUCCCCUCCCCCAAGUAUGGCACAUAUCCCCUCCAGUGCACCCUUCGCCACCCUCCCUCUCUCCCUCCUGCCCCUCGCCCUCCAUCCCACCACAGGCACACCUCGUACACUAAGCCAUUCGGCCCGCACAUCUCGUACACCAAGCCAUUCGGUCCGUUCACCUGGAUAGUGGUGGCGGUGCUGUUCCUGACCGUCUCCACCAUCCUCCUCUGGACGAGCAUCCAGCUCAUGCACGCCUUUGAGUGCGACUGCCAGCACCUAGCUGCCGCCCAACAUGAGCUGCGUGCCGCCCGCUUGGAGGCUGAGGCGGCGAGCCGAGCCAAGGGGGAUUUCCUCACGACGAUAUCGCAUGAGAUCCGCACACCCAUGAACGGCGUCAUAGCAAGCCGAGCCAAUAGGGAUUUCCUCACGACGAUUUCGCAUGAGAUCCGCACACCCAUGAACGGCGUCAUAGCAAGCCGAGCCAAUAGGGAUUUCCUCACAACGAUGUCGCAUGAGAUCCGCACACCCAUGAACGGCGUCAUAGCAACCCGAGCCAAUAGGGGUUUCCUCACGACGAUGUCGCAUGAGAUCCGCACACCCAUGAACGGCGUCAUAGGCAUGCUGAACCUGCUCCUGGAAACCCCUUUGGACGGGUCGCAGAAGGACUACGCACAGACGGCACAAAGCAGCGGGCGGGCGCUGUGUGCACUGAUCAACGACAUUCUCGACCUCUCCAAGAUCGAAGCCGAAAAGUUGCACCUCGAGCGCAUCCCGCUGGACUUGCGUGCCGAGCUCGACGACGUGCUCGCGCUCUUUGUGGAGAGCGCCCAGGAGAAGCGUUCUGUUGAGCUCGCGGCGUUUGUGGCCGACGACGUGCCCGGGAUUCUCCUUGGCGACCCGCUUCGAGUGAAGCAGGUGCAUAUAGUGUUUGAAGUAGGGAUGAUGAGCAAGUACCGGACUCGAACCGCUGUAUCACCAUCAGCAGCAGCACCGUCACGCUCAUCCUCUCUCUCCAAAACACCAGCCAGCAGCCCCCGGCUGUCAGACAAAGGCUGCAGCAGUGCAAGCAGACGGAAAGAGGAAAAGAAUCCAGCUGAGGCCUACGGGGCCGCUGCUGCUGCAGAUGAGAGGAGCGGUGGUAGUCAAGCUGUUGCGGAGGCGUGUACAGAGCCUGAGCGUGCGUGUGUGACACUGAGUGGCAUACCAGCCAUGAAGACAUGCUGCUCGUGGGAGGGCAUGCGGGAGCACAUGGACCUUGCUGCCGUGGGCAUGGGCAUGGGCAUGGGCAUGGGCAUGGGGAUGGGGAUGGGCAUGGGCAUGGGCAAGGCAAUCUAUACUAGGCAUGGCGAUGGGUGUGGACCGUACAGUGAUGGGCGUGGUGAGGGAUAUGGCGAUGGGCGUGGCAGUGGUGCCAGCGUGGGACCCGGCCAGCCUGUGCGACUGAUGGUGGCCGUGGAAGACACAGGUACGCUUUCGAUGCAUCUGCGUGUGUGUGUGCCCGUGUGCGCCCAUGUGCGCGUGUGCGCCCGUGUGAGCGUGUGCGCCCAUGUGCGCGUGUGCGCCCGUGUGCGCCCGUGUGAGCGUGUGCGCCCGUGUGCGCCCGUGUGCGCGUGUGUGCGCGUGUGCGCACGUGUGCGUGCCUACGACGCGUGUGGGGUGUUGAGUUUGAGACACCUCAAAAUGCGUGUGCGCGAGUGCGCCCGUGUGUGUGCCUACGACGCGUGUGCAUCCGUGCUCCUGAAUGUGUGCGAGCGUGCAUGCGUGUGCUUGCAUGCCUUUGGAGCAGCGCCUGCUGUCGCUGAUGGAAAUCCAUCAUCCAUCUCCACCUGCCCAUAUCCUUCCCAAUCCCAGCCUGCCGCUUCCCACUCCUCUCUCUCCCCUCUCGCUGCAGCGCCUGGUGCCGCUGAUGGGGGAACCUUUCUCCACCUGCCCAUAUCCUUCCUAAUCCCGUUGCCCCAGCAGCAGCAGCAGCAGCAGCAGCAGCAGCAGCAGCAGCAGGGGGCAUGUGGGCUAAAGAGUGGGAGCAGCGACUGUGGUGGGAGGGCGGCAGAUGCACGAGAGGGAGGGGGCAUAUGUGUGGCGAUCAGUGGGAAUGACGGGAGGGCGGCACGGGCAUGGGAGGGCGUGUGUGCGGUGAGCGGUGGGAGUGGUGGGAAGGCGGCGGGUCCUCUAGAGGGCGUGUGUGUGGCGAGUGUGGACGACCGGGCGGUGCGGCAUGCCGUCACUCUCUCUCUGCUGCGCCGCCUUGGCAUCUGCACCCUCCCCUGCCCCUCCUUCCACCUCCUCCCCUGCCUCCUCGCCCAACACCGCUCUCUGCACCAUGGAUCGUGCCACUCCUUGCACCAUGGGUCGUGCCAUGCCAUGCAAAAUGACUCAUCUGAUGCGAUGGGCCAUACCAGGCACCAUGGGUCAUCGAGGCAGGCCAUGCACUCUCCCAGGGAGCACCAGGCGGGGCAGCAGGCGGGGCAGCAGGGAGAGCACCAGGAAGAGAAGGAGAAAGACAACGCUGAGCUUGCUUCUGAACCGUCUCUUGCUGCUAAGUACCUCGCUCGCCUCCUUUCACUUAGUCCCAAGCACAUCCACCCGCCUCGUGCUCCUCGCGCCGUCUCUCUCACAACCUCAACAGCAGCACCCUAUGCACCGGUCAGUCAUGCACCUGCCGCUCAGUCAAGCACCGCUCCCCCCCGUCGGGUCAAGUCACACUCUGCCCUGUCAAGCCUCCCACUACCCACCUCUCGCCACUCCAUUGCACCGCAGAAACCCCACCCGGCGCCAUUUUCUCUUGCUUUUGAGAAUUCUCACAAACCCCACCCGCCGUCUUCUCUUGCUCCCCCCCCUCCUCGCCGCGUCAAGUCACACACGGCCCUGUCAUGCCUCCCACUACCCACCUCUCAACUCUCCAUUGAAUCCCUUCUAAAUGCUUCCUCCACGAAUUCUUGUGAGGCGCACGAAAAGUCCCACCAACCGUCUCCUUCUGACCCUCCCCCUCUACCGCGCCGCAUCAAGUCUCACACUGCCCUAUCACGCCGCGCACUACCCACCAUUCAGAGAUCCAUCGGAGCCCUUAUAACCGCUUCCCCCACAAUACGCCCCGCAUCUCGUGAUCUAUCUCUGGUCCCGCUGCUUCCAGCCGACUCGUGUGCACAAGCCCAUGCAGGACCAUCCAGCAGCCACUCAUGUCAUUCUAUUGAGGAGCUAUCCCGUCCUCUCGAGCAUUCUGUUCCUCUUUUCGACCCAUGUGCCUCUACUACCGACCCGCCGUCUGGUCCUCUUGAGCCGUUUGGCUCGCCGGCUGUGCUUUUGGCUCCUCCAGCUCUCGCCUCACUUUCCCGCCAGUAUUCCUGCCCUCCUCUCUCAGUCGCUCCUUCUCUUCCCCGCCCUCCUCUCUCGAUCGAUGUCCAUUCCUCUAGCGAGAUAAGUGCAAGGGGAAGGGAGGGGAAGCAGCAGCGGCGGUGGCAGAAGCAGGCUGCAGGGAACGAGACAGAGGUGGAGGAAGAGGCGGGGAAGGAGGGGGAAGACGAAGAAGAGGUGGAGGAGGAGGUGGAUGGAGAGGAGGAAGGAGGGGAGGAAGAUGGAGCAGGGAAGGUGAAGCAGCGCGUUUGUCAGAAUUCUCAAGAAUCGCAGCAGCGAGUGCAUUACAGGAGGCUGCGUGAGGCGCAACGACGGGGAUGGGUGGGAGCGGUGGUGGUGGAGGGGGAGAUGAUGCAGCGGCUGGGCGUCUCAGCAGAUCAAAUCUACGCUCUCAUGUCUGGCCGGGCGGCGGGUGAGAGUGGUGGAGGUAGUGAGUGCAGCAAUUGCAGCAGGUGCAAUUGGCCUGUUCCCUAUCUUGUGCUUCUUCACGGCUCUUCUUCUCUCCCCCCCGACAGUUUCAGCCCUUGCAAGAGGAAGGCUUUUAACGGGGACAGGGAGGGCAGCCGCAAAAGGCAAGCAGGAGGGUUAGAUGAAAGGGAAGAGGGGGGUGAUUGUGAGUGUAAACCGGGUGACUGUAACGAUGUGACGAGGGGCUGCCCAGGCAGUAGGAGAAGCAGGUCUUCUGCUCUGUCCCUUUCUCCCUCUCCAACCAUCCCUUCCAUCGCAGCGCACCUCUCGCCCUCACCUGUGCUAUCCCUCUCGCCCGCCCCAUCCAUCCCCUCGCUAUUGUCACUUGGCUUUGAUGCUGUGAUUAGAAAGCCCCUUCGGAAACCGGCGCUGGUGGCGGCACUUCUGCCGCUUUUCAGUGCGGACACGGAGCAAGGUGAGUGUGGGCAGACAGGAGGAGGAGCAGGGGGGGCAGGAGGAGAAGAAGGGGCAAGAGGAGCAGGAGGAGAAGGGGAAGCAGGAGGAGAAGGGGGAGCAGGAGGAGCAGGAGGAGAAGGAUGCAAGCAAGAGGAUGUGGCACAGGGAGGGAUCAUGAAGAGAGAGGCGAAGGGGCAGUGGGGGGGUGGUGUGGCGCUGAGCCCGUCGGCCCUCCACAGGGCUAGCAGCAGCGCUGCAGCAGCCCUCUGGCGAGCUUCCCCACUAGAAAUCAAGUCCCCACGAGAAAUCAAGUCCCCACGAGAACUCAAGUCCCCACGAGAACUCAAGUCCCCACGAGAACUCAAGUCCCCAUGGCUCAAAUCCCCCCGGGCACUCAAGUCCCCGCGGGCACCCAAGUCCCCCCGGGCACUCGAAUCCCCUCAGUCAUUCAAAGCCGUUCCCUUGUGCCCCUCCCACUCACCCACCACUCGCACCACUCCCACCAGUCCCAACAUUCCCACCAUUCAAACCACUCCUGCUACUCCCAACACUCCCACCACUCAUAACACUCCCACCAUUCCCAACGCUCUCAACACGCUGGGCACUGCCCUAGGCAUGUGCGGCGGAGGCAAUGGAGUGGCAGUGAGGGAGGGUGCGGAGGUGGAGGGGGCAGUGUUGGAUGAAAUGAGUGGCUUGGAUGGUGUGGAUGGUAUGUAUGGUAGCAAUGCCUCAAUGGAUUUAACAUCGGCAACCAGUGCUACUGAUGCUGCUUCGGUCAGCCUAGCGUCUACUUCCGCCGCUGCUGCUUCUGUCAAUUUGACUCCUCCUGCCGGUGCUACAGGUGCUGCUUUGAUCGAUUCAACACCUGCUGCCUCUGCUGUUGCGAGUGGAAGUGGCAUUUUGGGGAGGAAACCACUGGUGAGGGUUGGCAGUGCCGAUGAGAAGGUCUUUUAUUCGCCCCAGGGGUUGCAGUUGCAGUGCUAUGUUCCUCAGGGGUUGCGAGCUCUGGUGAUGGUGGUGGAUGACAACCUCAUCAACCGCAAGGUGGCCAGCAAGCUGCUGGAGAGGCACGGCGCGCGAGUCACCGCCGUGGAUGGCGGUGCCAAGGCGCUUCAAGCCCUCACCCCGCCCCACCCCUACGACCUCGUCCUCAUGGACCUCCAGAUGCCGGGCAUGGAUGGGCUGGAGGCGACUCGGAGGAUCCGAGCGCGGGAGAGGGCUCAGGGCGGAAGCCAUGUGACCAUCAUUGCGCUCACAGCGGAUGUGACUGCCGGCACGCGCCACCACUGCUUUGCUGUUGGCAUGGAUGACUACCUCUCCAAACCCCUCGACGACGGCCCCCUCUCCCACGCCGUCUGGCGCUGCCUCGUUGAUAAAUUAUAG